AUGCCUCCCAAGAAGACCGAGGGCGCUGCCGCCGCUCCCAAGAAGGCCUCCCACGCCAGCUACCAGGACAUGAUCACCGAUGCUAUUGUUGCUCUCAAGGAGCGCAAUGGAUCUUCCCGCCAGGCCCUGAAGAAGUACGUCAAGGCCAACAACCAGAUCAACGUUGUUAGCGACACCAUGUUCGACUCUCUCUUCAACAAGGCCCUCCGUGCCGGUGUCGAGAAGGGUGCCUUUGAGCAGCCCAAGGGCCCCUCUGGUGGCACCAAGCUCGCCAAGAAGGCUCCCAAGAAGGAGGAGAAGAAGACUGAGAAGAAGGCUGCCCCUAAGAAGGCUGCCGAGAAGGAGACCAAGGAGAAGAAGGCUGCCGCUCCCAAGAAGGCCGCCGCCAAGAAGGAGACCAAGGAGCCCAAGGAGAAGAAGGCCGCUGCCCCCAAGAAGGCUGCUGCCGAGAAGGAGACCAAGAAGCCCGCCGCCAAGAAGGCUGACAAGGCUGCUGACAAGGAGAAGCCUGCUGCUCUUACCAAGACCAAGACUGGUCGCGUCACCAAGCCCGAGAAGAAGGCUCCCGCCGCCAAGAAGGAGGCCAAGGAGCCGAAGGAGAAGAAGGCUGCUGCCCCCAAGAAGGCUGCCGCUCCUAAGAAGGCCGCGGCUAAGAAGGACUCCAAGAAGGAGGCCAAGUCCGAGACCGCUGCCUCGGCAUAA